CUAUCUAUAGAGAAACAAACAGCCUUCAGACUAGCAGGUCCUCUCAUCUCCUGCAGUGACACCAAGCCUCCAGUCUCAGAGAGACAGAGAGAAGUGAGGACAGCGAGGAUGAAUCCCUUCAAACUCCCGGCAGACAACAUCUUCCUCCUGAGAAACAAGGAAAAUGAACAAAGGAAGCUGGAGCGCCAGCGACAGAAGACGCUGAAGGUCCAUGAGAAGUCCACCUAUGCUGGGAGGAUACAGGCCAAGCAGGCUAACCUGAGGCAGGAGCUGAGGCAGGGGCAGAAUGAGGUGUACUCCACCUCCUGCAGCAAGGCUGUGUCCACCCUCAGGGAUGAUCCGGCAUGGAGGAAAGCUGCCAUCCUGAACUCCAAUGACAGGGAGAAUAUUAGUGAGUACAUCACUAAGAAGAGAGAGAUGUUUCUUAUUGAGUACUCCCUGGCUGUGAAGAGGGAGGUGAUUCACAAGCUGGCUGAGGUGGCCACCAAGGAAGAGAACAGGCUGCAGCAGGCGGAGACAUUUCUGGACGAGGACACGGCCAUGUUUGACGAGUUCCUCGAGGAGAAUGACAAGAACUCAGUGGAGGCAAUCAAAAUUGCUGAACACGAGACCAAAGCCAAACUGGAGAAGGUUGCAGAGAUCAAGAGGAUCUCGGGCAAAAUGGUGGCAGUAAAAAGUGACAUCUCCAAGAACGAGGAGAUCCUGAAGGAGUACACCCUGUACAAUGGCUUCCUGCUGAAGCUGUCCCCUACAGAGUGGCAGGAGAGACAGCAGGCUCGCAGGGCCAUGGUGGACAAGAUCAAAGCUGCCAUCAAGGAGAGGGAGGCUCAGCUAGCCGAGCCAGCCAAACCCGGCAGACGUAAAGAGAGUAUGGCCAGGGACCUGCCUCCUGUAUGUGACCCCAGGACUCCCCAGAGACAGAGUAUGAUGGGAACCAGAGAGAGCAUCAAGCCGAAGGAGGUUACAGUACCGGUGGAUGAGAGCAAACUGCCUGAAUAUGAGGAGCCGGAGCUGUUCUUCACUGACCCUCAGCAGCUGUUGGACCUGCUGACAGACCUGGAGAAGCAGAACCUGACUCUGAUCCAGAACUCCAGAGAGACAGAGGAGACGAUGGAGGAGUUCAAACACACUUUGGACAACACUCGCAACAAGAUGGACCAGGAGACAGAGCAGCUGACCCAGCAGAUUGACAUAAUUACCCAUGCCAUCCAGAGAGAGAAGGACACUGCUGCUGAGCUGGAGCUCAAAUCGCGACUCUUCUCCUUUGGGAAAUACAAGGCAGAGGACCAGGAUGUGAUGCUGGAGGCCCUGGGGAGGAAGGUGGCCGAGGUGUACAGGAGCUAUGCGGGGGAGAGUGGGGCCAACCUGACCACGCUACAGAUGCUGACCAACAUCGAGGGCCGCCUGGGGGAGUUGCUGGAGAACGUGGAGCUGGUUCCCAAGGACCGUGUGCUCAUGGCCGAGAGAGCCAAGGAGAAGGAGAGGAGACUCAGGCUAAGGGAGGAGAAGGUUCGUGUGCAGAAGAUGCAGCAAGAGGAACGCCUGCGUAAAGCCCUGGAGAGAGCUCAGGCUAACACCAAGAGACCUACGGGGAAGAAGCUGAUGCCUCGCUCACUACCUCCGGUGACUGAGCAGUUAGUGAACAAUGAUGACAGAGACACUGACAUGGAGAAGGAGAAGCAGCUCUACUUCUUCACCUGAACCCCUCCAGCCUAGACCAUGGUCCCUGAUGGAUCUUCAGUAGUUGAUGUGUUCUGUAUGUUAAUGUUAAAUCUAAAUUCAAUUGUCGGUAUGUGCAGAUUAAUCUUUGGAGAGUUGACACUUUGCCAGUACAUUUUCACUGCCACAUGAUGGCAUCAAGAUCCUGAGAUCAGGAGUAUGUGUAGAGGCUAAAGAAGAAGACAUCAUGAACGGUCCUGUAGACUGAAAGUACAGACCUCCAGAAAUACUGAACACAAAUACUACCACACACUUUGGAACUCUGUUUUAAAGUGCUUUAAUGUCACCUGAUGCGUUCACGUAAAGCUGAGUUGGGCCAGGAUUCAAUCCAAUACAUAUGUUAUGGUCAUUUACAAUCCAAUACAUAUGUUAUGAUCAUUUACAAUCCAAGACAUAUGUUAUGAUCUUUUACAAUCCAAGACAUAUGUUAUGAUCUUUUACAAUCCAAGACAUAUAUUAUGGUCAUUUACAAUCCAAGACAUAUGUUAUGGUCAUUUACAAUCCAAGACAUAUGUUAUGAUCAUUUACAAUCCAAGACAUAUGUUAUGAUCAUUUACAAUCCAAUACAUAUGUUGUGUUAGACAUUGUGGCUUUUAAAGGCAAUUUCCGAUUGAGCCGACAUACGCAGCGUUUACUGUGAAUGGGAUCUCUACGAACGUGGGAACAUUGCCUUUAAAAACCCACAAUGCCUAAAAUCCCAAGAUCGAUUUGAAUCCCAGCCUUAGGUAUCUGAAGACCACGGGAAUGGAUCUCAAGGCAUGCAUACUGUGUGAAUUUCAACAUCUUAACCAGACUGCCAACUCACAGACAUGGGUUUACAAAAAGGUUUAUUUUAUGUGCAUUCAUUUUACAUUACUACGGGCUCUCUUUUGAUAGAGCUCCCUCCCACCUUCUGUAGCCUAUAAAUGUGUAAUAAUCGCUCAAAUUAAAUCAAGAUGAUUGAAUCAUAUCCAAUAUGGUAAACUAAAGUUAUUCACAUGACUUGGCUGUCCUUGGUUGAAAUACAUGAGUUGGCUGUCCUUGGUUGAAAUACAUGACUUGGCUGUCCUUGGUUGAAAUACAUGAGUUGGCUGUCCUUGGUUGAAAUACAUGAGUUGGCUGUCCUUGGUUGAAAUACAUGAGUUGGCUGUCCUUGGUUGAAAUACAUGAGUUGGCUGUCCUUGGUUGAAAUACAUGAGUUGGCUGUCCUUGGUUGAAAUACCGGAAAUUGAUAAAUGCACAAUCCAUUUGACACAAAUAACAACGGAUUACUAUAGGUUUACGUUUACAUUCAUAACACAUCAAAAUGUGAAGACACCCUGAUAGACAAAGUAACCUUCUACUUCCUAGUGUAGUACUGUAACUAACUCUUCAUUUGAUGUUCCUAUUUACAAUGGAUGGACAUUCAAAUCAUAUCCGUUGCAUUAUACAUCUGCAUAGAGAGACAACAUAGUAUUUACAUUAAUUUAUCUAUUCACACGUGUUGUUCUAAACACUAAAUCCCAUGGCGUAAAACAUUUAGCAUUCUCUGUUUGAAGGAAAUUAAGUUGAUCAAAAGGAGAAUGUUAAGUAAGACAAGUGAAAUGCAUAUUAAGAUAUAUAUAUUUUCAGCUGUAGUGGACAGUGACCAAACAUCAUCAUCAAACACCAAGAACAAGGAUUGUAUAGUAUAAGUCACAGCAUGCGAACUCUCCUCUUCACUGCACAAGACAAGGUAUGAUCAAGAGACGCACAACUAACUGGCACACACACUGGCACACACACAUACAUCCCUAGCCACACUGACAAGACAUGGCUUUGCAAAGUGAGGGAUUGUAAGGCCACACAACAGUCCACAUAUUCAGUUAACCAGUAUAGCAUGAGCCAGGGUCAACCCAACCCAACCUCACCUCACAGGAGCCAGGGUCAACCUAACCUCACCUCACCAUACAGGAGCCAGGGACAACCUCACAUCACCAUACAGGAGCCAGGGUCAACCCAACCUCACCUCACCGUACAGGAGCCAGGGUCAACCUAACCUUACCAUACAGGAGCCAGGGUCAACCUAACCUCACCUCACCAUACAGGUGCCAGGCUCAACCUCACCUCACCAUACAGGAGCCAGGGUCAACCCAACCUCACCUCACCAUACAGGAGCCAGGGUCAACCCAACCUCACCAUACCAUACAAGAGCCAGGGUCAACCUAACCUCACCAUACAGGAGCCAGGGUCAACCUAACCUCACCAUACAGGAGCCAGGGUCAACCUAACCUCACCUCACCGUACAGGAGCCAGGGUCAACCUAACCUCACCGUAUAGGAGCCAGGGUCAACCUCACCUCACCGUACAGGAGCCAGGGUCAACCUCACCUCACCGUACAGGAGCGUUAUCAGCUCAACACAUCUACCAGGAAAUCAUGUCAGUCUGUAGCAUCCUCAUACUGUACUGAGCUCAGAAGAGCCUCAAUUAGCAGUGACCGCUAGGUGGUAGAGCUGAGCCACUCUACAGAACAGUCAGUUGAAAACAUUCUUGAAUUAUUGCUGUAUCUUAGUGAUGACCUUUUCCAUUCCAUCUGAUACUGUGCAAAUAACAUUGAAAGUAGGAUGUACAGUGUUAUCUCAACAUUGGCAACGUGAGGGGUGGUCAACUCCUACUGGUGUAAAAAAAAUGCUUUGCUGUAUACAUUUUAGGUUGGUGAACAUUUUGAGAUGGGGAUUCUAGUAUCCUGCGAGUUUUUUCUGACAUGCUUUUUAAUGAGGUCACAAAAAGGAGAUUUAAUGACAGUGUAUAACUGAUUGUAAUGCUUUGAUGUCAGAAUCAGAACCAUAGAAACUAUGAUCAGAACUAAGCCUGGAGCUUCAGGUGACAACAGGGUUGCUAACCUGCUUUCUCCAAUGUAUUAUGACAAGAAAUCCAAGAAAUCUUUCCUCUCUCUUUCUCCUUUCAUUUCUGACAAACACACAAAAAAUAAAAACAUAAACCAAACCACUGGAGCCCUACUGUCACAGCCCUUAACCUCCCUCCCUAUCUCUCCUCAACCUCCCCCUACCUCCUCGGUCUCCCUCUCCCUCACUGCAGGAGGGCACUGAGACUGGCAUUUCUGUUCCAGCAGGGUGUAAUCUGCGCCCAGCAUCAUCCCAUGCUGGGCAGGAUGGUAUGAUAGACAGGGGGGUGAGAAUGACUGGUGCUAACGAACAUGUGACCUGGGCCCCAUGCCAGCCGUGUCAACACUCUCCAGGGCCACAUGUUCAGUUGCCAAACGUUUCAGAUAGAAAUGCCUUGAAUAGAGCCAACAUGAUUACUUGUUUUACAUGUCGGAAAGGCAUGCUUGUUCUACAUAACAUAUUUCUAUCCGAACGUUCCAAAACGCUGUGUCCUGCUGAACCGACCCCUAGUUCAUGACACAAGACAUUCAGAUCAAUCAUCAACAAAACAAACACAUAAUCAAGUUUGCCCAGGAUGAAACCACUUCAUUCACCUCCCCAAAGACAGUCAACUGCACAUGUGUUUUGGUGCUUGGUUUUUCUAAAUCACUCUUUGAGUCAUUUAGUUUCAGAAAAUCAAAUGAAAGGCAACAGAAAACACCCAUUGUGCAUUAUAACAUGACACUCAGAGAGAGGGAGUGGAUACAGUAAUUGAAGAAGAUUUUGUGUGGAGGUGUGGGCUGAAAGCAAUAUGUCAAGUUUGUUUACCAAAUCAAUAAAUCAGCAAUGAUCAUUGAUUGAAGUUUUUUUUACCUGU